AUGCCCUUCAACGACAUCUCCCUUCCGCGACCAUCUCGACCCCGAGACGAAUACAACAUGUGGUCUAACCAAGCAAGCCGCUCUGUUCAGAAGUCCAGCGAUUACGACUUGGAAGACCUUUCUCCUCGCCCUGACGACCCCUUUUUAAACCAUGAUAUACCGCAAAAUCGCAAUCAGCCGGCGUUCCGACGGCGAACUUCCCCGCCCCCAUCAUCUUCAACCUUCAGCGACAAAGCAAGCACGACUGGGUCGAUAUCUAAGGACAAGAAAUCUCGUGUUUUGUUCGCCGGGCCGCCACCGCCCAUAUUCUCGACACAAAUCUUGCAGCGAGAGGAUAAGGAUCGUUACUCUACGCCAACGUCGCCGCUCGAAUUCGGAGUGUCCUCCAUCGCCCAGAAUAUCAAUAGCGUCUUGUUCGAAAAGGGAGGUUCUACAGCGCGUAAUCGGGAUGAAGUCCGCUUCGAACAGGACACGUUCUGGCGCAACCUACAGCACCGCGAACGGUUAAUCCAGAAGGAAUUUCAAAGCAUACUCGACGCCCAAGCUACAGGGCUGAUGGCGAACCUCAACCCAGAUGCUGCUCCACCUCCAUCAUCAAGCUCGAACAUCAGCGUUGCCGGAAGCACAUCAACUACUCGUCGGUCACAUGUUGUUUUUGAGCUACCCACCCGUACAACGGAAACCGGAGAGAUCAUUCCCGUUCGUCAACCACGCCAGAAACCCCUGAAUUUGCGCGGGGCCAGAGCCGCCUUAGCCAGGACCAUGGCACUCGCUGCCGACCUCAAAAUUGAGGAGGAAGCAAACCUCGACUCUGCGCUCUUUUUACGGAAGAAGGCACUGUCAGAGCUGCGCAAGCUUUCAACGCAGCGGGAUGCUAUUGUGGGGGAAUUACGCACGUUGGAGGGCGAUGACGAGGAACCGCUUGCCCGUGAGCUGCGCGAGCUUGAUGAAGAGUACACCAAUGUUCGCGCGGAAAUAGCCGAGUUAGAGGAACGGUUGGUGGCUUUGCGGAAGCGGAAACGCUGGCUUGAUGGACGGAGGCUGGACGUUAGAAAUCGUCGCGAGGCUGGCCUUAGUGGUUACAAAGGGGCCCUGAAGGAGGUGGAUGACAAACUGGAAGAUAUGUUGAUCAAACCCAGGGUGCUGCCUUUGGAUAUUGAGGCUGUGAUAGGGCCUGGUCAGAACGAGGGUAAUCUAGAGGUGGAGCAGCAGGCCCUGGUAGGGUUGGAGUUCAUGCGUCUACGACCGGAGCGACGGACGGCUGAUAUGGCCAAGGAUUGGUGGGAGAGUGAGAUUGCCCUUCUCGAGCGGCGCAAAGAGGAAAUAAACAAGGAACGCUCAGCAUUAGAGGAGGGUGCUGAGGUUUGGAGGGAGGUUGUCAGGUUGGUAACAGCCUACGAGGAAGAUUUGCGCAAAGAGAUUGCAAAGGCCAGCCGAAAGGCCAUCGCCGAUGAUCAAGCAGCAAGCCCACUCGUGUUCUGUACAUCACAGCUCGACAAAAUCAUGAAAGUCAUGGGUGCGCUAGACGAAAAAUUCAAUCUUGCAGAAGAGCACGGUUGGAGGUUGCUGUUAUGUGCUAUAGGUGCCGAGUUGGAGGCGUUCAAGCAGGCCAAAGAGAUGAUCCAAGACAUGCUGAUGGAGCAGGGGUAUGAGAUGGAAGACGAGAAGGAAUACCAAGGGAGCAAUGGUAGCACUCCGCGAUUGGGGAGGUCGACGGCGACGGUCCUGCAAGACUCUACUGGAGCUUGGUCCACCAGCCAUCGACCAACCACCGUCACCGAUCAUAGUGUCGACGAUGAGGUUGGCCAUGGAAGUGACGAUAACGCUCAUACUUAUGGCCGUAAUCACUUGGAUCUGGUGGAUCUCGAGGAUAACCCGCAUGAAGAGCAGCGCACGGAUCAUGACGAGAGUGACGACAAUGAAGUCCCUCCAGACUUGCUCGUCUCUAAUGUCGAUAACGACGAUCGAGAUGAACCUAGAGGAGGAGGAGGAGUGGGUCUCCAACGGGUUCCGCGACAAGGCCUGGAUUCCAGCAAGACGACGGACAGUGAGAAUGAUGUACCACCAGAGUUUUUGGCGCACCAUGGCGUUGACGACGUGGAAUAG